UCAGAGGGUUUAAGGGUAAAGCUCAGGGAAGGAAGCCGCAUAUUCCCCUAGACUCGCUCAGGCACCCCAGAGGGCCGCCCGCGCAGACCCGUGGCCACGUGGGGCCUGGGGCCCUCGGCAGGGCACGUGCGGGAGGAAGUGGCGCUGUCUCCGCGCGGCGCUUGGAAACCUCUCAGCGUGGAGCUAUGGGGGGCUUGGAGAAGAAGAAGUAUGAACGAGGCUCUGCCACCAACUACAUCACCCGAAACAAAGCCCGCAAGAAGCUGCAGCUGAGCUUGGCUGACUUCAGGCGGCUCUGCAUCCUGAAGGGCAUUUAUCCCCAUGAACCCAAACACAAGAAGAAGGUUAACAAGGGCUCUACAGCGGCCCGAACUUUUUACCUUAUCAAAGACAUCAGGUUCCUCCUGCAUGAACCCAUCGUCAACAAGUUCCGGGAAUAUAAGGUGUUCGUCCGGAAGCUCCGGAAAGCAUACGGGAAGAGUGAGUGGAACACUGCAGAACGUCUGAAGGACAACAAGCCCAACUAUAAGCUUGACCACAUUGUCAAGGAGCGGUACCCCACAUUCAUAGAUGCUGUGCGGGACCUGGAUGACGCCCUCUCCAUGUGCUUCCUCUUCUCCACCUUCCCUCGGACUGGCAAGUGCCACGUGCAGACCAUUCAGCUGUGCCGCCGGCUCACUGUGGAGUUCCUGCACUACAUCAUUGCCGCCCGUGCCCUGCGCAAGGUCUUCCUGUCCAUCAAAGGCAUUUACUACCAGGCUGAGGUGCUGGGCCAGCCCAUUGUGUGGAUCACGCCCUACUCCUUCUCCCAUGACCACCCGACGGACGUGGACUACCGUGUCAUGGCCACCUUCACCGAGUUCUACACCACCCUGCUGGGCUUUGUCAACUUCCGCCUCUACCAGUCGCUCAACCUGCACUACCCCCCCAAGCUGGAGGGUCAGUCCCCCGCAGAAGUGAAGGCCAGUGAGGACACCUACGCAUUGGACUCUGAGAGUUCUGUGGAGAAGCUGGCGGCCCUCGGUGCCAGUCUAGCCCGCGUGGUGGUGCCUGCAGAGGAGGAGGCCGAGGUGGAUGAGUUCCCUGCCGAUGAGGAGAUGACGGCACAGGAGGAGGACCGCAGGAAGGAACUGGAGGCACAGGAGAAACACAAGAAGCUCUUCGAGGGCCUGAAGUUCUUCCUGAACCGGGAGGUGCCCCGCGAGGCCCUGGCUUUUGUUAUCAGGAGUUUUGGGGGAGAUGUGUCCUGGGACAAAUCUCUGUGCAUUGGAGCUACUUAUGAUGUCACCGAUUCCUGCAUCACCCACCAAAUUGUCGACCGGCCUGGGCAGCAGACCCCUGUCAUUGGCAGGUACUACGUGCAGCCCCAGUGGCUGUUUGACUCUGUGAACGCCCGGCUCCUCCUCCCCGUGGCAGACUACUUCCCUGGGGUGCAGCUGCCCCCACAUCUCUCGCCCUUCGUGUCAGAGAAGGAAGGCGAUUAUGUCCCCCCUGAGAAGCUGAAGCUGCUGGCCCUGCAGCGGGGAGAGCACCCAGGCAGUUUGAAUGAAUCCGAAGAGGAGGUUGAGGAUGACAGUGAAGGUGACGGUGACGGUGAUGAAGGGGAAGAAAAUGAGGAGGAGGAGGAAGAUGGAGAAGCCGGUUCAGAGAAGGAGGAAGAGGCCCGACUGACAGCCCUGGAGGAGCAGAGGAUGGAGGGGAAGGUACUGGGGAGCUCACGCACUGGCCGUCUUGGUGUCAGCUCAGGCACGGAAGGGCAGGCACGCGGGGACGGGCCGCGGGAGGCACUGGGGUGCCUGCAUCCACAGGCGUCUGCCCCGUGUUCUCAGCAGCCCAGGGUGAUGGCAGGCACCGUGAAGGUGGAGGACAAGCAGCGGCUGGCCCAGGAGGAGGAGAGCGAGGCCAAGCGCCUGGCCAUCAUGAUGAUGAAGAAGCGGGAGAGGUACCUGUACAACAAGAUCAUGUUUGGCAAGAGGCGCAAAAUCCGCGAGGCCAACAAACUGGCGGAGAAGCGGAAAGCCCACGAUGAAGCCGUGAAGUCUGAGAAGAAGGCCAGGAAGGGACGGCCAGUGUGAGUGCUACAGCCUCUUGAUGGGCAAGGCCAGCUUCUGCCAGCUGGACUUGGCACAGAUGGCCAGAGGACUAAGCUUGGUGACAGACCAGAGUCUCUUCUGUUUCCCUCCCCCUUUCCCCCCUCCUGCUGGGCUUCCUCUCUUGCUCCCUGGCUGGGCCUAUGGGCAGCCCCAGUCUCCCUUGGAUGGAGCUCCCUGCUGGUGACUGGGCAGAGGAGAGGCCUCUGCCCAGCCCAUCUCGAUGCUUCCAGGAGUCCGUGACUUGAGGGGCAGCAGUCCAGCCAGCCCCUCAUCAGCUGCUCCCAUUCACCCUGGCUUUCAGCAGCACCCCUCCCACAUGCAGUUGGACCCAUGAUUCUUCUGGUGCUGUGAUGGGGCGAGGGUGGGCAAGUAUUGGUUAUUAAAUGGCUGGAAUUUGCAGCCAAUUGAA